AUCUUGUGGACUUUCUCCAUCUACUUGGAGUCCGUGGCAAUUCUUCCCCAGCUGUUUAUGAUCAGUAAAACUGGAGAAGCGGAGACCAUCACUACUCACUAUCUCUUCUUCCUGGGCCUCUACCGUGCCUUGUACCUUAUCAACUGGAUUUGGCGUUACUAUUUUGAGGAAUUCUUUGACCUCAUAGCCGUGGUGGCCGGGGUAGUCCAGACCAUUCUGUACUGUGACUUCUUCUAUUUGUAUGUUACAAAAGUGCUCAAAGGGAAGAAGCUGAGUUUGCCAGCCUAAAAGUGCCAAGGAUGCUCCAUCCUGGAUGCGUAGAGAGAGAACAAUCCCGACCAUCGAGAGGUGGAAGAUGCUUGAACAGAUGGCCUCCCGCGGGGGGGGCGGGGAGGGGGCUUCAUAGGUCCAGAGAACCAAAUGACUUCUGUUGGAUGCAUCUUGCCUUUUUUUUCCCACGCCCCCCCCCUCCCUCCUCUCUUUUUUUAUUACUAUGUAUAAAGAUUUUUUACACGAGAGAAACUUAAGACCGUGUGGAUUUAAUUCAGCGUGUAGUUUCAAAUCGGAGUAGUUCCAAAAAACACAGUUUUGGGGUUUCUUUGGGGUGGGUGGGGGGAUUUGUGGGAUCCUUGGGGGAAUCGGCGCAAAACCACUUCUAUUUUCCAAAAGAUUUCCUGUCAAUUGCUGAAUGAUUUUUGGCGCACGCAGGCCUGGGCUGAUUGACGGAUGGUAACUGCCUCCCUCUUUCCUGGUUGAUUUCAAAUUUCAUUCCGCUGUAUUUAUUGUUCCUUUCGUUCCCCUCGCCCUCCAAACCUGCGUAGGCUGAAAUCCAAAAUAGCGUUGUCGGAAAAUGCUCGUGGGAAAGGGUGUCACAGUUUCAGAAAUACCUUCAAUUACUCGGUUUGCUUUUUAUCCUUUCCAUAAAAAGAUGCUCCCGUAGGUAGCGUCUAUUAGAUAAAUGCUCCCCUCCAUUUUUCUUCACCUGAAGACACGAGUUAAGACUGGUUUUUUUUUUUUCACAAGGUUUUGGGGUCCGUCUCCCUCCUAAUAUAACGGUUUUGCAUCAGCCAUUCCUGUUUGCAUGUGCCCUGGUCAGCCUAAAAUUAUUCCGCAAUUUUUGGAGGGUUUGUGUGUGUAUUUCUAAACAUUUUCUAUUGACAGCAGCCACCCCUGCAAUCAUCGUCCAGUUGAAGUCAUCCAUAGGUGGCAAAUUUUUAACAGUGUCUCCCAUCUUUUUUAAUACAGAAUCCUUUUACAAAGUAAACCAUCUUUGUUUAGCUUUUCCAGCAAUUUUAGAAUGUGCCAGUUUUUGAACGAUCAAUUGUUCCUUUUAUAGACUUGUUCCUGAAUCGGCCGCACCGAAUCCUGUUCUCUAGCUUUCCUUUCUUUUUUUUUUUUUAAACUGAACUCUGUUGCAUGAUUUAUCCUGUGUUACCAUCCUCAAUAAACUUUUUUUGAAGUGGU